AUGUCAGCCAAAGUUGCAAUUCAGAAGUUUUCCUUCCCCUUCUCCUGCGCUGCACGCCUUCCUCAGCCAGAUGAGCUGACCCAGAAGGGAUGCGUCCAGAACAAGGCCUUUGCACUCCAUGACCUCCAAGAGAACCCAAUCAUAAGCGAGCCAAACCUCGUUGCAGUGGUUGGAGCUCUGGUUCAAGAUGAGAACCGGGUCCAUGAAAGUCAGAAGGGUCACCCAAUGGGAGGCAUGGCUGCGGCCCAGGUCCUGGACUGUGCAGAAGCCUCCCUGAGUGCUGUGGUCUGCAGGAGAAGUGUGUUUGAGAAACUGACUGUUGAGAAUGAGGAUCAGCGCCCUGCAGCAAAGAGGCAGCUGUCGUCAGAGAGCGCGGCGAGGACAAUCACUGUGGUGAAGAAGAGCGCGGUGAGGAAGGAUGUCGAGGAGCAGAGGCAUCUGAAACUGAAACCACACCUUGGACAGAGGGUAUCUUCUGCGGCGACAGGGAAGAGGAGGUGUCGAAAGGACCUCUUCGCCAACUCGGAGGUCUUCCACAGGGUUGACUCGCACGCCAUCAGGGCGGGAGCAGAGCUGAAGGAAAAGUGUGUGUAUGAUGUGAAGACUAUAGCACAGAGUAUCACACAAGGAGCAAGGAAUGAACUGGAGAGAAUUCGUGCAAUCUGGGUCUGGCUGUGCCACAACAUCGAGUAUGAUGUGAGCGGGUACCUCGGCCACUCUGAGAAGGUGAGCUCCCCAGAGGAGGUGAUAGCGACCGGUCGGGGUGUGUGCUGCGGCUACUCAAACCUCUGUACAGAGAUGUGCAGAGAGGUCGGCAUCGAUUGCCAAGAAGUCCCGGGCCACAGUAAAGGCAUCGGGUACCGUCAGGGCCAGAGCCUCAAGAAUGUGAACUCUGACCACCUGUGGAACGCCGUGCUUCUGGGAGGACAGUGGUUCCUAUUGGACGCCUGUUGGGGAGCAGGACGAGUCGAUAUGGAACACGAGAGCUUCGUCAAAAGGUUCGACGAUUUCUAUUUUCUAACGGACCCCGAGGAGUUCAUCGACUCCCACUUUCCAGACGAGGAGAAAUGGCAGCUCCUGGACGGGCCCAUCACUCUGGAGGAGUUUGAGAGGAGGGUCUUCAAAACCUCGACCUUCUUCAACAUGGGGCUCAGGCUGAUCCAGCCUCACCAGGCUCACAUCGUAACAGACGAUGGCGAGGCAAAUGUGUCUCUCGGCUUCUCCAGACCUGCAACCUUUACCUAUGAGAUCACGCAGCACCAGGACCUCCUCCACUGCGGCGCCUCAGAGCAGAAAGAGUCCAACAACUCCUCCUACGGCCUCCUGACGGUCUCGCAUCGGAACAUGAAGCUGCAGCUCCUCCCGCCUGCGAGCGGCGUGUACGACGUGAAGGUGUUCUCCAGACCUGAAACUGCCACCACGCCUCUGUUCUGGGUCUGCUCCUUCACCGUCGAGUGUCCCACCCCGAGGGCCAUGGAGGAGAUCCCAGAUAACCCCUUCGUGUCUUGGGGUCUUCAGACUGCUGCAGGGUCUCUGGGGGUGGCGGGCAGCAGCCAGGGGAGUGAGGUUGCUGAGGUGGUGGAUGGUGUUUUUGAAUUGGCGCUGAAGACGUCCAGGCCUCUGAUGGUGCUGUGUGAACUGGUGCACCCAGAACUUGAAAGUGCAGUAUCUAAGCGCUGCGUGGCGACUCAGAUUCAACCGAAUGUCCUGACCUGCCAUGUCUUAUGUCCUCUGCGUGGCUUCUACAGGCUCUCAGUGUUUGUGCGGGACCACGAGAAAGCAGAUGUGAAGUUCCAGAAUGCUGCGAACUUCCUGCUGCACUGCAAAGGCACGGUGGUCAGCCUGGAUGAGCUCUUCCCCCCUAACCUGGGUUCAGUGUGCGGGCCGGGAACCCGCACAACAGAGGCAGGGCUGACCAAAUUUAGCCACACGACUGCACUGCUGAGCACCCAGCAAGGCAAGUGCAACAUCACCUUCCACAACCAGCGGGACCUCGAGCUUCACACUGUGCUCAGCAGAGAGGAGAACAAAACAGCUGCCGUGCCGCUCUCACGCCACCUCUUCUGCACAUACACAGACACCAAAGUGACGGUGAGUGUCAGCCUGCCUGAUGCCGGGGUGUACCGGCUGGGCCUGUACGCUAGGAUCACCCCCGGUGGAGAUUUCAGCCCCAUGUGUGACUUUGUUCUGAGGAACAGCUGUGAUCAGCCGUGCCCUCCGUUCCCCUGUGUCUACUCAGCCUGGAGGAAAGGCUGCGUGCUCUUUGAGCCUCGUGUGGGCUUGCUGGAGCCACUCUCGUGGGUCCGCUUCAGGGUGAGGGUCCCUGGGGUCCAGAGGGUGAGCAUAGUGGGAGAGACAAGGACUGAUCUGAAACUGAAUAAGAGCAGAGUCUGGGAGGGCGAGGUUUUCAGCGGGAACGGGUUACAACAGCUUAAACUGGCCGCCGCCUCAGGGGAGUCCAGCGAUAUGGAUGUUGUGAUGGCCUUUGACAUCAAGCAGGUGGAUUGAGAGGUGUGGAAUCAAAAGGCUGGGAAAAGACCAGAUGGAUAGUUCAUGGAGAAUGGCAGCUACCUGCCUAAUGAGCUUUUGAUACAGACUAAAUCAGACUGCUGCUGAAAACAUCUCAAAUAACUCUGACUCACAGUCUUUCAGGUCUCACUGCAAACACAAGGAUCCGGGUCGGUGCCAGUCAUGAUCUGGUGAAGAUGUAAACUCUGUCGCAUCAAAUGCAAUAACAAAUCUACCUGGCAACGUGUAAGGGUUUUAUGAAAGCUGUUCUUUGAUGAAGGUAGUAGUCAGUAGAUUAACAUUUGAAAAGAAUGGUGCUCAGCUUUGAUUUCAAACAGAUCAGGAGUGCAUUUGAUCAUUGCUGUUAUGUCAUAGAGAGUUAAUCUGCCUUUUGGAAUGAUGCUUGUUUAAAAAAAGGAUGAAAUAAAAAUAGUAU